CCUUCCUCCGAGCGUACAGCAUCGCCAGCUUCCUGUCAUGCACCAACUUUCCCCUUCAUUAGCACGCCCUAUAACUGCUGGCCGACUACUUUGGCAUACCACCUGGCCUUGGACCUAGCUUCUAUCGUAGCCUGACCCCUGGACGACUGUGCCACCAGUGAUCCUGCAUCGGGGCACACCGACAAUCCACUCCAAUGAGUUCAUGGCUGCACCGUCUACGUGGAGAACAUGUACAGACUAACGAAGACCAUGUUGAGCAAUCGAAUGUGGUCGAGCGGAGUAGAGCGAAGCCCCGACAACGCCCCGUAGACCCCAAACCAAAGGACCCAAACGCGCCGCUCAAACGUCUGCAACUGCAUCAAAAAUGUUUGUACGAGCGGACUAUGCCUGGCAAUGCCUUUGUUUCCGCACAUGUGAAUCGCCUCCAGCAGGGGUACUACGAAAGCAAGGCCCUCCAUGAAGGUCCACUCAACAACGUGUACUUCGUAUCAGUGCAUUUUGUCUUUCAUCCUCGUGAUCACCACUAUCAUCGGUUCCGAGCAGCGACCAUCAAAGUAUCUGUACACACUGACUUCAGUUCGUCCGACUUCGAUCCAGAAAAAGGGCGAUACACACCUCUCGGUUCGCAUCCACGGAUAUUGAAGCAUGCGCCUGAGCUGAUCUACGGAGCCGUGUCUCCAGAGAACUUGCAGUGGAACUUCAACCUAUCAAGCUCACUCGGAGUCUCACAGGCUCCUCUGAGUGCCACCUUGAACCCCAGCGGUGGCGUCAAGAAGACAUAUCGGGUGUACGAUAUGAUGAGCAUCCAAGGGUCAUUGAGGGUCCUGAAGAGCCCAUUGGGUUCCGACUUCGACGUUGACGAUGCCAUGGCAGUGUGGACGCUCGAAGAGAACCUGACCCAACGAUCGGGACUGCCCCGAGAGUUCGAUUUCGUCAUGCUUGUGCAUAAGCCUGACGAUGUUCAGAAUGUCUAUUUGAGUGUGGACCUCGAUGCAACAGUCAGCUCCUGGCACGGAGAUUACCCACAGUGGUACACCAAUCUAUCCAGAUACCUGCCUAAUGUGGAUUACACCCUCGACUUAGACACGGAUAUUGGUCAGAAGUUCCGCCCCGAGAAACCAGGGCACGGCUUCAACUUCGCGGAUCUCCCUCAAGCUCUUGACCAGUACGUCUGCAUGCCUGGGACUAUGUAUCCUACAACAGACUCGAAGCCGGAGGAUUCAGGAUCUGCAGACCGGAACUGGUCAAGGUACCGUCAAUAUGAGCCUAAAGGCUCAGCGAACGACUAUCGCGUGUCAGGAGCCCCUCCCGCCGCUUCGUCUGAGCCGAUGUCUCCGGAGAAACAGAUCAACACCUGGGGCCAGCAGUUCGGACCUUCCCCAGCCUCCGUGCCAACGGCCCAACGCCAACUCGUAUUGCCUGAAACUCUCAAUGUUAGAGUGACACUGGAACACAGUACUCCUCGCUCUCCUGCUACGUACUGCUACUCUGGAUCCCCGAUUGGCAGUCAAGACCCUGCAAGACAACACUCGAUAAGGAGGAGAAGAUCCCGAUCCGAACUAAAAGAGUAUGGGGUUCAACAAGCGCUCCAAGCGUUGGCAGGCGAGACGCUGAAGGAGAAUGGAGACAUACCAAAGCGAGCGGCAAAGACCGCGAGGGCAAGAUCUACAGAGAGGAUAGUCAAUGAUCGGAUGUAAGGAAGAGGAAGGGUCAGAUGACCAUCAUCCACGCAAAAGCAUCCAUUGGCAUACAAGCGAGAGCGACUUCUGUGCGAGUAUGCUGUGCAAUCCGAGGAGGAAAUUUCGACCGCUAAGAUUCCACAGCAGCAUGA